GUUUGAUUCAGGAAACCAUGGAAAUGAUGUCGCAAAUUCGUAGUCAUAAUCAAGCCUUACAUACUCUAAUGAAUGCCAUCGGUGUAGCCACGCUUCCUGUUCAACCACCCUCGCGUUCAAAGCGAGCCGCAAGACGAGAAACCAAUCGUCUAUGGCCUAAUGGAGUUAUGCCAAUCCGGAUCGCUGGUUCUGGAUUUACAAGCUCACACAGGAGACACAUCCAGCAAGCUAUGAACCGUAUUUCAGAAGCAACCUGUGUAUGUUUCCGGACGAUAGGCAAUAAAGAGGUUAACAGAGGGAUACGUCACGUGCGGAUCGUUAACGGAAACGGCUGUGGUUCAUUCGUCGGGGUAUCGUCAAGGUCUCGAGGAAGGGAGAGAUCUCAGGACCUGAAACUUAAGGCCGGUUGUAGAACAUUUCGAGUGGCCACGCACGAGCUCCUACAUACAUUAGGAUUGUACCACGAGCAAUCUAGACCGGACAGAGAUAAGUAUGUGAGAGUGAAUUUUAAAAACGUUCGAAGUGAAAAUACACACAAUUUCAACCGAUUCAGCGACUUGACCAUCGACUCUAGAGGUGUUCCGUAUGACUACGAGAGUAUAAUGCAUUACAGCAAUAGGGCAUUUGGUAAAGGCAAAUCUAUAACUCUUGAACCAAUUCCGAAAGAAAAUCGACAGAAAUAUUUGAACACAAUCGGAAAGGCAACAGAGAUGAGCAAAGGCGAUAUAGAAAUACUCCGGAAGAUGUAUAAAUGUCCUUCGGAACCCUCCACGACGCCAUCUUGUGCUGACUAUCCUUACAGAUUUUAAGUUCGAUAAAACAGAAAGGAACCUCUCCAACGCCGACCAUACAGAUUAAAGAUAUGCGUUUUCGAUUUAACGUUUUACUUCUUUUGCUAUCUGAAACUUUCCUUAACUUACUUCCGCAAAGAUACUAUUUUUAGAUUCCCGGCGUUCAAGUUCGAGGUCAUCGUCGGUACCCAUGUGAUCUGUCUUGACCAGCUCCGAUCGAUUAAUCAAUCAAAUGGGAGAAACAAAGAGAAGAGCCGACGAUGACUCCAGAUGGGCAUACAGUCACUAACAAUUAAUAAUAAACAAAAAG